UGUGAGUUUGGAAUAAUCUGAUGAUUGCGUCUUUGACAUGGAGCUCACGGGUUCACUGAGUGAGGAUCACAUUGGUAUUCUCUCUACGGUGUAUUUGGUGUUUCUUACACCCAGUGUGAUCGGGAGCUGUUCUGUCCUGGUUGUUUCCAUCAUAAGAUGGAAACAUUUACAACAGCAGGUGCAGAUCCUGGUGCAGCUCGCCUUGGCCGACUUGUUAGCUGCCGUCGUCCUGAUGUCCGCCAGCGCCAUGAACAAAGUCCAAAAUAUCAACAAUGUACACAUCUGCCAGUACAGCCUGCCACUGUCAAUUACUUUUUACUCUGUUUCCUUUUUGUUGGUGUUGGUUUAUGCGUGGACCUCAAAGACUGCAAUUGAAGGAUGGAGAGAAAGGCCAGCUGAGAGUAAUGAGGAGCAGAGGUUGAUACCCACUGGAGCAUACUUCCUAUAUGUGCUCACUUUCUUAAUAAAAAGUGAUUUGCUUGUUCUAACCAAUGACAUACCCUUAAGUGGAGCUGCCUUUGAUGAAAGCAAAUACUGCACAAGCUGUAUUUUUUUCUUGCACAACUGGAGUGAUCCAUACUGCAAAACUGAGAAUAUUCAUGACACAUUCAUUACAAUUGUUCUGUUCCUUGUGGUGAUACCAGUGAUGGUAUCUUGCUCUGUAAUUUAUUAUAAAAUUGGUAAAUGGUAUCAAAGAUCAAAGCAGGAGGGACUUUUUCCUGUAGAAGGCGACGGACGUUCAAGUAGGAGACAUAAAAAAAUGUUUUCCACGGCAAGAAAUAUGGUGAUGGUUAUCUUCUUCAGCUGGACACCAGCACUCAUCCUCAUCGUGCUGUCUACUUUGACAACUUGGCCGCCAAGUGCACCAUGGAUUGAACAGAAUAAUCUGUUUGCUGUUUAUGUGAUACAGGCAGUUGCCGUGUCACUACAAGGUUUCCUGAAUAGUCUUGUUUACGCCUGGAGACGACCCAACUUUACUGAGGCCGUACUUGGAGAGGCUACACCCCUCAUGGUACAUGAGCAUCUGGCUUUCUUUGAUGAAUCCCUGAGAAGCUAAUCUUGAUUCUUGACCAAAAGACUUGGGGCUCUACAAUAACAAUCUCUCUCACACAUUCUAAAGUGCAUAGCACCUGUGCAUUUGGGGAAUGUUCAACUCCACAAAGGAUUUCAUUUAUUCUCUUGAUUAAUCAUGAGUGUGUUUUGGGGAGGACAUGAAAUAAGCUAAUCAGAUUCCCAUAAGUCAUCCCCUUUGAGAGUUAUGUGUGCUGGAACCUAUGGCAUUGCUGUUUAAAUGGUGGACUCAAUAAGUGACAGAACAGAGAGGUUUUCUGGCAGGGGAACGGAUCUGAGUGCAAAGCAUCAACGUGCACAGGAGGUCAUUAAUGGGAGCAGUGGUCAUCACCACAACUCUCUGAGGUCAAACAGUUCCCGUACCACCUCCUUCUUGAU